AACGGUGGGAAGCGUAGCGAGGUAGAGCUGUCGCGGUCAAUGUCGCGGUCCAAUAGCAGAGAGGCAAUCCGUGAGAUGCACAUGAGGGGGCACAUGAAGGGGUCAGACUUUCAUGUGACGGCCGCAGAAAGGCAGUGGGAGAAGGUGACAGUGGAUGAAGCCACACGCAUGCGGUUGAAUGGCGAGUCAGCACAAUGUAUGGCACAUAUGAAGGCCAUGAAGAAAGCAGGUGGUGUGUCGCUAAGGGAGGCAGAUGGUGCGGAUACCAGCAAGGACCAAGAUUGGCCCCUAGAUGAGUCCUGCUUCGCCAAAUGUGCUGAUAUGUAUUGCCUCAUCACCACGGGAUUGUGGCUGGUACCCAAGGUCCUCAUCUUUGUGAUUCCCAUGCUGUUGCUUGAACUCCCAGCCUUCGUGCUGCUUCGCAGCUAUGUGGCCACCCUAAAGCCCGGUACGGACAAAGUGCGGCGCUCCGGGAGGUUUUGGAUGUCCUUUGUGCUGGCCUCAUUGUUGUUCUUCCCCGCAGGGAUACUGGCGAUUGUCAGUUUGAUGGUGGACUACCUCUUCUACUGGCUCUUUGGGAUUACUUUCUGCAUCUUCACCUCUCGCUACUGUGCGGUGUGGCGAAGUAUGAAGGCAUUGAAUCCGUAUCGCAAUGGUCCUUGGAUCAUCUUGCACCUUCCAGACAUCUAUGUGGCUCUGAUUGGUCAGACAGCACGACAAGGAAUCUUUGAGAUUGCUUGGAGCUUAUCCAACAUGUUGCUCUUUAUUCCUUGGUUCAAGUACUACGUCACCGUCAAUCCAUGGCUGCAAAAUUUGGACCAUCGCUUCACCAGCCAGAUCACCACCAGCAUGUCGGACAUAGCGCCGGCCGAACAUUGCGCCAGCAUCCUUCAGGAGAUUGUCUCCCGCGCCAAGCAUCACCCUGGCCGUGCACGGAAGGUGGAUCUGUGGAGUUUUGUGCCACACUAUCCUUCUCCACCCCCAGGGCGACGGUACGCCCUGGGUUUGCAGCAGGGGUAUAUCAACCCCUUGAUGCAGAUCCUGCUGAUCGUGCACACAACACAUGCCAACAGCAGCGAUGGCAACUCUACGGAGCAACAUGUGGCGUCCAACAGCUGUCAGCUACCAAUCUAUCGGGUGAUUCUGUGGUACAACAACCCCUACCACUUCCUGACGGCUUGGGUGGAAGCUUCCAUUUCAACAGGUGGGCCAUCGCAACCGGAGAAAGUGGAUGGCGGGGAGCAUCCCAUGUGGGGAGUUUCAUCAGCAUCGCCCCUUUCUGCGGGCCGGGCAAGCCUGACAGGCUUAGGUGUCAUUGACUCCUUCUUUGACUACUGGCUUCCAGUCUUGGUGCACGAAUUGCGCUACUCCCACCAUCGCAUGGCGGGAAAGAGUCAUCAGGAGGCGCUUCAGAUUGCAAAUGAUAUGUACCAAGAGGUGCAUUCCAAGGAUGGCAUCAGUCGGCCCAUCGCUGACAAGGUGGGCUUGGACCAGUAUCACGGAGAUUCCGCCUAUGAUGACUAUGGCCUCCCAAAACAGGUGACCGUGUGACGACUGCUGCGGUGGAAACCAACAACGGUCCCGGCGUGACAAAAAAAGCUGGCCCAAACCGCAACAAAACGGUCCUAAGUUGAAUGUUGCGGUCCUAAGGUACAGUGUAUAGAUGUGUAUAGUCUUUGCCUAAUUCUGCUCUGUCACAUUGCCAUGUCCUAGAUAUGCGCUAAGACGGUGUAGUGUGCGGAGCUAAUUAAUCGCCUUGCUUCGAUGAUUUCAAUUUUGUUUGCGUUUGCACCUGUCACAUAUACAGCCGAGUAGAAGACGUGCAUGUGACAGUGCUUUGGAAGAUGGAUCAUGACGGUCCGAACGACCGGUUGAUGAGAGUGAUGCAAUGGCGAGGUGCCUUCACACUCAAACUUCUGGUUGAGCUUCCAGCAGCAAAACCAAAAAAAAGUAGACUGCAAAGAGAAGCUGGCAUUCCAGAAAUAUAGGGCUAGAAUGAAAAAUUUGGACAAUUAAUCGCCUUGCUUCGAUGAUUUCAAUUUUGUUUGCGUUUGCACCUGUCACAUAUACAGCCGAGUAGAAGACGUACAUGUGACAGUGCUUUGGAAGAUGGAUCAUGACGGUCCGAACGACCGGUUGAUGAGAGUGAUGCAAUGGCGAGGUGCCUUCACACUCAAACUUCUGGUUGAGCUUCCAGCAGCAAAACC